UAAAUACACUUGUGGGCUCGCAAGGUGCUAUGGGAGGCAAGUCCACAGGAGCCCCAAUUUAUUUGUUGUGAAAAUAGCCGCUGUUCUAUCACAUCACCGGCGCGUUGUUGGAAACACAACACAGACAUGGCUUUUUGUAGGCUGGUGCGAUCCCCAACCUUUUUUUGUCACCUGAUGAAAAGACGACCAUUUGCUACAACAUUAGCUCAGGGUGUUCAUCAGAGCUUAAUGAGUGGACCUUUAACCCAAUUAUCAGAAGAAGAAGAAAUGAUGAAGCAGUCAGUUGCCAGAUUUGCGAAAGAAAAGAUCCAGUCCCUGGUAUCUGAAAUGGACCAGAACUCGCAAAUGGACCCAGGCAUCAUCAAGGGGCUUUUUGAACAAGGCCUUAUGGGUAUUGAGAUUGGCUCAGAAUAUGGAGGAACAGACUCCACCUUUUUUGCAGCCAACCUUGUAAUCGAGGAACUGGCAAAGGUUGAUCCAUCUGUAAGUGUGAUGUGCGAUGUGCAAAACACUCUGAUUAACAACCUCAUCAUGACUUACGGUACGAAGGAACAAAAGCAAGAGUAUCUACCACAACUGGCACAACAUAUGGUCGGCGGGUUUUGUCUGUCAGAAGAGUCCUCUGGUUCAGAUGCGUUUGCCCUCAAGACCGUUGCCCUGGAGAAAGAUGGUCACUUUGUAUUGAAUGGCUCUAAGAUGUGGAUCACUAACGCUGAAUAUGCUGGGGUCUUUCUUGUCAUGGCAAACGUCAACCCAUCAGAGGGCUACAAAGGCAUAACUACAUUCAUUGUGCCAAGGGAGACACCAGGACUCUCUAUUGGCAAAAAGGAGGAUAAGCUUGGUAUCCGCGCCUCAUCAACAUGUCCAGUGCAUUUUGAUAAUGUCAAGGUACCGUCGAGUAGCGUCCUUGGGGAAGUCGGUCAUGGCUACAAGUAUGCCAUCGGGAUGUUGAAUGAAGGGCGAAUCGGCAUUGGAGCACAGAUGCUGGGUCUUGCUCAAGGCUGCUUUGACCAUACCGUACCGUACACACACGAAAGGCGACAGUUUGGAAGAAGCAUUUGGAGCAACCAGGCUAUGCAACACCAGAUUGCAGAGGUGAGGACCAAGAUCGAGGCUGCUAGGCUGCUGGUGUACAACGCCGCACGAAGGAAGGAAGCAGGUUUGCCUGUUGUUCGAGAAGGAGCAAUGGCAAAGUAUUUCGCUAGUGAGGUUGCAACAUUAACGACUUCCAAGUGCAUGGAGUGGAUGGGCGGCGUGGGCUUUACCAAAAGUUACCCUAUCGAGAAAUACUACCGCGACUGUAAAAUUGGGACAAUCUAUGAGGGAACAACGAAUAUCCAGCUUAACACGAUAGCCAGGGAGCUAACGGAAUAUUUACCUUAGGCAGACCCAAUACCCUUGGCCGUCAAAUGGUGGGUCAUCUAGUAUAUGGAUCGUCAAGCACCACCUUUUUCCCAUAUAUUUAUGACUGCACGCCUUUUGGGUUUUCUUUUGGGUUUUAACUAUAUAGUUAUAUAGUAAGGUAUUAAAAAGUGUAAAUUUUCCAAAUAUUUUGCACCCCUCGCAUGAAAAGGGCAUGUUUCCUUGACAUUCGAACAGAUAUAAUUAUAAAUGCUAGUAAUUUAUAAAUAAACUAUAAACUAUAACUUUCA